AUGGUGUUUGCAGUCAUCUAUUUUGUCAGCCUGCAAGCAUUUCGGCACCUGGGCUUCGGCAGCUUACAGCUGCAGUACUGUUACCUGCUUUUCUGCAUCGUGGCGCUGCUGCCACUCACGCUUCCCAUUGAUGGCGCCGACUGGAGCGGCCAAUUCGAUGGCUGGACAGCCAGCAGCUGGGCUGUCCUGCACGCCACCUGGCAGCUGGGCGCGCCCACGCUGUCCAUGUUUUACGGCCUGCGCCUCGUCGCCUCCAUUGUCCUGUCUGAGCUCCUACUGGGCUACACUGUCAUCACCAGCGCUGUGCAGAUUGUGGGAGUCGUGGUUGUGGUGGCUGCCGUGACCGUGUACCUCGCAUUCCAAUGGCGGAACAGCCUGCGGGGGAAGCAGCAGGCAGCAGCGGCAAAGGCGGAAGCAGCAGCAGCGGUGCUGGCAGCGGCGGAAGAUGAUUGCGCCGCUAAGGCAGCAGCGGGAGCGUUAGCGGCAGCAGAGGAGGGAGGCAGGCCUGCUGAUGAUUCGGCCCAUCACGGUCCCCGCGGCACCAUCUCACCGCUCGCUUGGGUCAGCAGCAACAAAGAGUGA